ACAUUUCCAUAAUGUCAAUUGAAUUCCCAAGUGAAAUUUAAAAACAAUGAAAGUCAAAUGUUAAAAUCAUGCGAUAUUCACCUGAAGUUGGUUCUGAAUAUACUCUCUGCUGAAUCACCUCUUUUAUUUGGAUUUUAUUGUUUGGAUCAAAUAAUACGGUCUCAUCCAUGAAUCCACAGUAUUUUUCUCAGCAGCAGUAUGGUGCACCCCCACAAAACAUUCAAAAUGAUGGACAAAAUAAUCAAGGAUUUGAAAAUAUUCCAUUAGUUUCAUCAAGUAAUCCUACUCCGUUAAAUGUGCCACCAACAUCUGUCAGUUCAUCAAACCAAGGUUCUCAGUUGAAAAAUUUGUUAGGCAAGGUGCCCAGUGGAAACCUAGGCCCAUUUACUGUUUUACCACAAGGCCAUAAAAUGCCUGGGCCCGAAAUACAGAAUCCAAAUAAUGUUGAUGGUAAUGCAUUAAAGCAUGAUAUAAAUUCUGGUGCAAAUAACAACAUUAUUAAUGGCUCUACCAGUGGAUUCCCCAUUCCACCAAGUCAAUUACCACCAUCGUCAGUAUCUUUGAAUCAGCAGAACCGUUCUUCACCAAGUUUAGCUCAAAAUUCUAAUUUUUCUGCUCCUCAACAUUACCAAGUUUCCCAUACUGCUUCUUUCCCAACUAUGUCACCGUUAAAUCAGUCUAAACCUGUUACACCACAAAUAGGUAGCAGUCAACUUUCUCAAAAUAAUACUGGUGCUCCUCUUCAUUCGACAGCUGCAUCAACUAGCAUUGGUCAACAACCUCCAACGAGUCAGUUCAAUGCUACAUUAAAUCUUUCUACUCUUGGUAAUGAAUCAAACAAUCCAUUCGUUCAGUCUCCCCCAAUGAACCUAACUCAAUCAUCAUUAUCCGAACAUUCUAAAAUUGGAGUACCACAAAAUCAGCCAUUUGGAAAUUCUCAUUUACCACCUAGUCAAAAUAUGCCCCUAACAAAUUCACAAUCAUCAACUGAUGUCCAGGAAAUCCAAGCAUCAUCUGGACCAUCCAAUCAAUCUUCUUAUGGUCUGCCUCCUACUGGACAAUCUCCAUUGUCUAGCCAUCAGCAAUUAGGACAAAGUCAAUUGCCGACACGUCCACCAUUAUCAGUUCAACCACAGGCAUCAGCUCAACAGCAACUACCUGGACAGCAACCUCCACUAUCCCGGCAGCAACCAUCUCUUGGACAACAAUCUACACAAAUGCAGACACAAUUUCCGGGACAGUCCCCAUUUCCAGGUCAACCACCAUUUUCUGGACAAUAUACAUCACCAGGAAAAUUAUCUGGGCAACCCCCUUUACCUGGGCAAUUGCCAGGACAAACCCCUUUACCUGGACAAUUGUCAGGACAAUCUCCACUACAGGGUCAAUUUCCAGGAACUCUAUCAGGACAAUCUCCAUCAACAGGUCCAUUGCCAGGACAAUCUUCAUUUCCAGGAAAAUUACCUGGACAGCCUUCAGGUCCAGGUCAACCUCCGCUAGGACAGCAAUAUCCUAGACAAACUUCUUUGUCUGGACCACCUACUUUAUAUAGCCCAGCUGCAAUGCAGGGACACUUAUCUGGUCCACCAAUGUCACAAGGACAUUUAUCUGGUCAAUCAACAUUGUCUGGCCAGCCGACACUCACCACUCAAUCUCCGUAUGGGUCACUUUCAAGUCAAACUGGGGGCAAACCACCAAUGGCCACCCCACAAGCAUUUCCUCCAACAACUGGCCAAACUACAAUGCAAAGCCAGCAAACUUUCAACAGUCCACAAUCUAUUAAUCAGCAGAAUAGGAGAGUUAAUAGUCCUUACGGACCCGGUGAUCAUAUUCCUAAUCAGUAUCAGUUGUCUAAUCAGAUGCAAAAUAUGAAUAUAUCUGGCCCAAAACAUUAUUCUGCAGUACCACAAAAUGGAGCAACAAAUGGUGAUAAUGGCCCUCAUAUGCCUCCACCUCUAAACAGUCAACAGAUGAGAAGUCCAAGUGGAUAUCCUCCAAUGCCAGGACAACAGUCAUCCAUGGCUCAAGGUGGAUAUCCACCUCAGCCAGGUUAUCCACAACAAGGUUAUCCACAACAUGGUUAUCCUCAACCUGGUUUUCAACAACAAAAUCAACAAAGACGGUUGGAUCCUGAUCAAAUGCCAAGUCCGAUACAAGUUACAACAGAUGAUCAAAACAAUAGAUCGGGAGUAUUUGUUACUAAUCAAAGAGGCCUGAUGCCCCCCCUAGUUACAACCAAUUUCGUUGUUCAAGAUCAAGGCAAUUGCAGUCCUCGUUUUAUUCGCUCAUCCAUGUAUAAUGUUGCCAUUACCAAUGAUAUGAUGAAGCACACUGCGGUUCCUUUCAGUUUAGUUAUAAGUCCAUUGGCAAGAUUGGCUCCUGGAGAAUUUAGUCCUCCUAUUGUUAAUUUUGGAGAACUGGGCCCUGUAAGAUGUGUGAGAUGUAAGGCUUAUAUGUGUCCCUACAUGACUUUUGUAGAUUCAGGAAGAAGAUUUCAAUGUGCUUUCUGCAAGGCUACAACUGAUGUUCCUGCAGAAUAUUUUCAACACUUGGACCAUACAGGUCAGAGAAUGGAUCGUUUUGAAAGACCUGAGCUUGUUCUUGGCACUUACGAGUUUAUGGCUACAGCAGAUUAUUGUAAAACGAACACUUUACCUAAGGUGCCUGCAAUUCUAUUCAUAAUUGAUGUUUCAUAUAAUAGCAUCAAGUCUGGUUUGGUGAAAUUGUUGUGUUCUCAAAUGAAGGAAAUCUUACGUAAUUUACCUGUUGAUGAUGGUCAAGAUGCAAGCAAAAUGAAAGUUGGAUUCAUUACUUAUGACAACACUGUACAUUUUUAUAAUAUUAAGGGAACUUUAGCUGCACCACAGAUGUUAGUGGUGGGAGAUACUUAUGAAAUGUUUAUGCCUCUUCUUGAUGGUUUUCUUUCUACUCCAGAAGAAUCUGAAGUUAUUAUUGAUGCUUUAAUGGAACAAAUACCGAAUAUGUUUGGAGGAACUCGACAAACAGAAACUAUUCUCCUUCCUGCAAUAUUAGCUGGUGUUGAGGCUUUGAAGGCUUCCGAAUGUAGUGGUAAACUGAUGGUGUUUAGUUCAAACCUACCCACUGUAGAUGCCCCUGGUAAACUCAAGAACAGGGACGAUCGAAAACUUUUAGGUACUGACAAAGAAAAAACAAUUUUGACACCUCAAAAUCAGGCGUAUAAUCAACUGGGACAGGAUUGUGUUCUGGCUGGUGUUUCAGUUGACCUGUUUCUUUUUAAUAACUCUUAUAUUGAUGUUGCUACCGUAGGACAAGUUUCAAGGUUGUCAGGAGGAGAAGUCUUCAAAUAUACAUAUUUUCAGGCUGAUAUUGAUGGAGAAAGACUUAUUCAAGAUAUAAUAAUGGAUAUAAGUCGGCCGAUUGGCUUUGAUGCUAUAAUGAGAGUACGAACAUCAACUGGUGUAAGACCAACUGAGUUUUAUGGCCACUUUUAUAUGACAAAUACCACUGAUAUGGAAUUAGGUUCAAUAGAUUGUGACAAGGCGGUGGCUAUAGAAAUUAAGCAUGAUGACAAACUCCAUGAAGAUGAUGGCGUAUAUAUUCAGGCUGCUCUAUUAUACACAUCUUGCUCUGGCCAAAGACGCUUGAGAAUCUGCAAUCUCUCAUUGAAAACAUGUUCUCAGAUGACAGAUCUCUACAGGAGUUGUGAUUUAGAUACGCUAAUUAACUACUGGUCGAAGCAAGCAUUAUUCAAGCUAAUGGAUAAUAAUCCGAAAGCUGUUAAAGAUGCAAUUGUCUCAAAGGCCGCUCAAGUAUUGGCGACAUAUAGGAAAAAUUGUGCUAGUCCCAGCAGUGCUGGUCAACUGAUCUUGCCAGAAUGUAUGAAGCUUCUCCCACUUUACGUGAGUUGCCUUUUGAAGAGUGACGCCCUCUCAGGAGGUUCUGAUAUGACUGUGGAUGAAAGAUCUUUCGUGAUGCAAGCUUGCAUGACCAUGGAUGUGCCAACCUCGGUGUAUUUCUUCUAUCCUAGGUUGAUUCCAAUACACGACAUGAAUACAAACUGCCAUGAUAUUCCACAACCUAUUAGAUGUUCCAUCGAAAAAAUGUCUGAGCAAGGAGUCUAUAUUUUAGAAAAUGGUUUACAUAUGUUCUUGUGGAUUGGUUUGGGAGCUAAUCCAGAUUUUAUACAAAAAUUAUUUGGUGUACCAUCUGCUAUACAGGUUAAUAUUGAACAAUUCAAACUCCCAGAAUUAGAUAAUCCAGUAUCUUUAGCUGUUAGAAAUAUUGUUGAAGAAAUUAGGAAACAAAGACAUCGACACAUGAGGCUAACAUUAGUGAGGCAAAGAGAGAAGCUAGAACAUGUUUUUAAGCAUUUCUUGGUGGAAGACAAAGGUUUAGAUGGCUCCCCAAGCUAUGUUGAUUUCUUAUGUCACAUGCACAAGGAAAUAAGAGGUCUCUUGAGUUAGCGAAGUAAUAAAAUACUAAUAAUUUUGUGUAAAAAUAAUAAGAUAUGUUAUAGGUAUACUCUGGCAUAAAUCUUUUUUUCCCAUUCGUUUUCACUUUCUUGUAUAGGAGGAAUUCAUUCAAAGUAUAUUUUAUUCUAUGUUGUAUUUUACAGAAUUGUGUAAGCUUCAAAUUUAUUAAUUGAACUGUACUCGUAUUAACUAGGAUAAAUAAAUUUGAACUUGAUGUAAUCAGAAAAUGUUUUAUUAUAUUAAAUUCUGCAGAUAUAUGUAUGUUAUUAUAAUUUAUAUAAAUAAAUGAAUACAUUUUUAUUUUUAAA